CGACCAAUCAUGAGCGCGGCCCCGCCCCCUUCGAAGAGAUGAUUGACGUCACUCGGGCCCCGCCCCCUCGGCGUCCGGCGCCAUUUUGGGAGGAAGAGGCGGCUGAGGCGGAGGAAGGAGGGAAGUGAGGACUCUUUGGAGCGACCUCUUGGAUGCAGUAAGGAAACCAAUAACACAGGGAGAAGAAAUCCUCUUGAGAAUUCUUGACUUCACUUACAGAGAACAAAGGAAUAAAGAAGAGUCAAGUCUCUGUAUUGGAAUUAAAUACUCGUAUCAUUGCUGACAUGGAGGAGAAAGCCUCUAAAUGCCUGGAGUGUGGAAAGAGCUUCACUCGGAGGGAUCAUCUGCAGGAACAUGUAAAGACUCACACUGGCGAGAAAACCUAUUCCUGCCUGGAGUGUGGGCAGAGCUUUGCUCAUAAUUCGAGUCUACAUACACAUCAAAGGACUCACACUGGGGAGAAACCCUAUACAUGCCUGGAGUGUGGACAGAGCUUCGCUCAUUCAGUUCUGCAUUCACAUCAGACUCACACUGGGGAGAAACCCUAUACAUGCCUGGAAUGUGGACAGAGCUUUGCUCAGAUUUCAGGUCUACGUAAACAUCAAAGGAUUCACACUGGGGAGAAACCUUAUAAAUGCCUGGAAUGUGGUCAAAGCUUCACUCAGAGUUCUCAUCUACGUACACAUCAAAGGAUUCACACUGGGGAGAAACCCUAUACAUGCCUGGAAUGUGGUCAGAGCUUCACUUAUAAUUCAAAUCUACGUAAACAUCAAAGGAUUCACACUGGGGAGAAACCCUAUUCAUGUCUGGAAUGUGGACAGAGCUUUGCUCAGAUUUCAGGUCUACGUACACAUCAAAUAACUCACACUGGGGAGAAACAUUAUAAAUGCCUGGAAUGUGGUCAAAGCUUCACUCAGAGUUCAAAUCUACGUACACAUCAAAGGAUUCACACUGGGGAGAAACCCUAUAAAUGCCAGGAAUGUGGUCAGAGCUUCUCUCAUAAUUCAAAUCUACGUACACAUCAAAGGAUUCACACGGGGGAGAAACCCUAUAAAUGCCUGGAAUGUGGACAGAGAUUCACUCAGCAUUCUCAUCUAAAUAAUCAUGAAAGGACGCACACUGGGGGAAAACCUUAUGAUUGCUUAGAGUGUGGACAGAGCUUCACUCAGAGUUCAUAUCUACGUACACAUCAAAGGAUUCACACUGGGGAGAAACCCUAUAAAUGCCUGGAAUGUGGACAGAGGUUCACUCAGCAUUCUCAUCUAAAUAAUCAUGAAAGGACGCACACUGGGGAAAAACCUUAUGAAUGCAUAGAGUGUGGACAGAGCUUCACUCAGAGUACAUCACUACGUUCACAUGAACGCACUCACACUGGGGAGCAACCCUAUAAAUGCCUGGAGUGUGGACAGAGCUUCAUUCGUAGUUCACAUCUACGUUCACAUGAAAGGACACAUAGUGGGGAGAAACCUUAUAAAUGCCUGGAAUGUGGACAGAGCUUCACUCAGAGUUCAACUUUACGUACACAUCAAAGGAUUCACACUGGAGAGAAACCCUUUCAAUGCCUGGAAUGUGGACAGAGGUUCACUCAGAGUUCUCAUCUAAAUAAACAUGGAAGGACCCACACUGGGGGGGAAACCUUAUGAAUGCUUGGAGUGUGGACAGAGCUUCACUCAGAGUAGACCACUACGUUCACAUGAAAGCACUCACACUGGGGAGCAACCCUAUAAAUGCCUGGAGUGUGGGCAGAGCUUCACUCGUAGUUCACCUCUACAUAAACAUUCAAGAACUGACUCUGGGGAGAAACCAUAUAUAGACAUAGGGUUUUAAUAUUUGUAUGUUUUAAGUUGUAUUGCAACACUGUUAAUUUGUGAGCCGCUUUGAGUGUCCAAAUGGAGAGAAAAAGCAGAAUAUAAAUACAUAUAAUAACAAUAAUCCCCGGCCAUGCAGGAAAAGCACAAUCCAAGUAUCCCUGAGAGAUGGCACGUGGAAAGAGCGUCCCUGAGAGUUGACAUCUACAUAGACCUAAAUUCCCAUUGGAGGGAACUGUGGUCAUCGAUCCCAGAGAGUCUAUGACAGAGCUUACAACCAUUGACUCCUGCACUUAUUCUGACGCAAAAAGCGCCAGGAUGGAAAGACAUUAUGCAUCCAGUUCCGGACGGGUCUCACCAUGCCCUGUGGAGACAGGUGCAGACCUUAGCCAACCACUUCUGGAAGAGGUGGAAGGCCGAGUAUUUAAGCCAGCUUCAAAUGAAUGUCUUUGUCCUUUAGCAACACAAGGUUGCCCACCUUAAUAUUGGCAAAACCCACAGGACAAUAUUAAGGUGGGCAACCUUGUGUUGCUAAAGGACAAA